AUGAUCCAACCUGACAGUGUCGACGUCACCAUCCCUGGGCGGCUCACCCGAGAGGAAGCAGACGAAGUCGAAGACAAAGAAGAAACAAACAUGGCGAAAGUCGGAUCUGGCCCGUCGACCGGCGCCGCAAGGGAGUCGCAGAUGGGCGACGCACCGCUGUCGUGCGACCAAGUGUCAGGUGGGAAAGUCGUCGACGCUGAGUCGCUCUCCUCCACCGUCGUUGAGGACGUGAGCGGCUACGUCCGCCUGCCCCUAGUCUUCGUCAACAUGGUGGUCAUGCUGCUCAGCCUGCUCGGCUUCUGGAGCUCCCUGUACACGCUCCUGACGCACUCCUCCGCGCCUCCCGGCGCGCCGGCUCGGAACUUUGUCGUGGUACUCUUCGAGCGGCCCGAGAUUCCCGCGCUGUUCCUGUCCAGUGUGGCGUUCGUCAUCGCCUCUUUCGGCUUCCUCGGUGCCCUGCGCGAGAACGUCACCCUGCUCACCGUUUACGUGCGCCUGCUGACCACAAUGGCCGCGCUUCUCGUUCUGUUCGCGGUGCUUGUGUUCUUCCUGCCGUCCGCGGCGCGUAGCUACGCCGAACGCUCGGUGUCGCGUGACAUGAUCGCCGCGUACCGCGACAGCACCGAGCUGCAGGGAUUCGUCGACUGGAUGCAGCUGGAGUACCGCUGCUGCGGCAUCUCGUCCGAGGGGUUCCGCGACUGGAACCGCAACCCGUAUUUCGCCUGCAACUUGAGCAACCCGAGCCGCGAGCGGUGCUACGUGCCGGCGUCGUGCUGCCGCAGAAAUGAGACGUCCGCCAUCCGGCCGCCGGACAUCCAGUGCGGACAAAACGUGUUGCAGGUGUCAGACCAGCAGGCUUGGGCCCGCGUGAACACACGAAGCUGCGCCGACGCCUUGUUCAGCCGGAUGCGCGACCGCGCCUUCCCAACCUCCAUGAUGCUGCUCGCACUGUGCCUCGCCACCCUCCUCUUAGUGGCGCUGGCCGUCGCCACGCGAGACCAAGUGAAGGAGCUGUCCGCCAUCUACGACGUGUACUACAGCACCUACAACCUCUAG